AUGCCUGCAAGGAAGGGCAGGACCCUCAGUGCGGGCUUGGACCGCGAAGUCUACCAAAUUGUGCGCAAAAUCAUCGACGAACAACCCGAAACUGGGCGCAUCCGCCUAUCGGUGCCUGCGAUCUUUGAAGUAAUUAAAAAGUCGAACUCCAGUCUGAACCGCAAGCCCAAGAGGCAGAUUGAAGAUAGUCUCGACCGAGUGCUGGAAAUUGUCAAGGCCGAUCUUGGUGACGAUGAUGAGGACUCCAUGGAGGGGGACUUUGAGGGUCUCGAAGAGCCUGCUGCUGCGGAACCCAACGGAUUGAACCAAAGCAUCGUCGGCUCAUGGGCUACAGCCAAACCUAAAAAGACCGAAUCAACCGCCAGUGCGCCAACACCUACAGCCACCAAGCGACGAACAGGCGGAGGCGAAUCUGCCUCCAAGCGCCGUAAGGGUGAGCCUGCCGAUCGAUCUCCGCCUACACAUGUUAGUCUUGCGGAUCUGGGUGGUCUGGACGAAGUGGUUGGGGAAUUGGGUGAUUUGGUGAUCUUGCCCAUGACCCGGCCGCAGGUGUAUCUAUCCUCGAAUGUGCAGCCUCCACGCGGGGUUUUGCUACAUGGCCCGCCGGGCUGUGGUAAGACGCUGAUUGCGAAUGCCUUUGCGGCCGAGCUGGGUGUGCCGUUCAUCUCGAUUUCUGCACCCUCCGUUGUGUCAGGUAUGUCGGGUGAAUCUGAGAAAGCUCUGCGCGAGUACUUCGAGGAGGCAAAGCGACUUGCCCCGUGUCUGAUUUUCAUCGAUGAGAUCGAUGCUAUUACUCCGAAGCGGGAGAGCGCACAGAGAGAAAUGGAGAAGAGAAUUGUCGCUCAGCUCCUGACCUGCAUGGAUGAGAUUGCUCUUGAAAAAACAGACGGAAAGCCCGUCAUUGUUCUCGCAGCGACCAACCGCCCAGACAGUCUCGACGCGGCUCUCCGUCGUGGCGGUCGUUUCGACAAGGAAAUUAACAUGACUUCAGAGAGCAAAUCCUCCGCGCUCUCACACAAAAUGCGCCUGGCAGAUGACAUCGACCUGAAGACCCUAGCCAAGCGAACCCCCGGCUUCGUCGGCGCCGAUUUAAACGACCUAGUCUCAACCGCCGGCUCAGCAGCUAUCAAACGCUACCUCGAAAUCCUCAAGUCGAACAGCGGCGAAGAAAUGGAAAUGGAAAUCGAAGGCGAAGACGAACUAAGCCCUAAAGUCCGCGAACUCCGCCGGCUAAUCUCCCACGCAAAGGAAUCCCCCAUGGGCGAAGAAACAGAGAUCGUCCUCGUCUCAAACGCCGACUUCUUCGCCGCACUCCCUAAAAUCCAACCCUCCUCCAAGCGCGAGGGCUUCGCCACCAUCCCCGACACAACCUGGUCCGACAUCGGUGCGUUGGGCGGCAUCCGCGACGAGCUGGUCACGGCCAUCGUCGAACCAAUCAAGAACCCAGAUAUCUAUGCCAAUGUCGGUAUCACCGCGCCGACAGGCGUCCUCCUCUGGGGCCCACCCGGUUGUGGUAAAACCCUACUCGCAAAGGCCGUCGCCAACGAGUCCCGCGCCAAUUUCAUUAGCGUCAAGGGUCCCGAGCUGCUUAACAAGUUCGUUGGUGAAUCUGAGCGUGCGGUCCGCCAGGUCUUUGUUCGUGCUCGCUCUUCCGUGCCGUGUGUUAUCUUCUUCGAUGAGUUGGAUGCCCUCGUGCCCCGUCGCGACGAUACCCUCUCUGAGGCUUCAGCUCGUGUCGUUAAUACCCUCCUUACCGAGUUGGAUGGGCUGGGUAGUAGUCGCCAGGGUAUCUAUGUCAUUGCCGCUACUAACCGGCCUGAUAUUAUUGACCCGGCUAUGCUGCGUCCUGGUCGUCUGGAGACACUUCUGUUUGUUAACCUUCCGUCGCCGCUAGAGCGUGUGGAGAUUUUGCAGACGCUGGUGCGGAAUCUGGCUAUCGAGUUUAGUGAGGAUCUUCGCAGACUUGCGGAGGACUGUGAGGGUUUCAGUGGUGCCGAUUUGGGCAGUUUGUUGCGCAGGGCUGGUUACUCUGCUAUUAAGCGCAGAGAUUCUAUUAAGUUUGAGGACUUUGUUGCGGCAAAGUCUUUCAUUCGGCCUAGUGUUACUGAUUUGAAGAAGUAUGAGAAGUUGAGGAGGGAUUGGAGUGGUGGUGGUGUUUGA